UAUGUAUUACAGUCAUAUUUGUAGGUUAUAUGUUCUUGUUUUAUGGAGGUUAUUGUUUUUUAAGAAACCUCGUGGUAUAUUAUGAAUUUGAAUUUGUAUUUACCUAGAUAAACCUUCGGUUUUACAAGAUGUCGAAUAACUUAUACGUGCUUUUUGAACAUGCGGCUGGGUACGCUAUCUUUCAAGUUAAAGAAUUUGAAGAAAUUGGCAUGUUUCUUCCCCAAGUUGAGGCCUCCGUUACAGACCUAAGUAGAUUCAAUAGCGUUGUAAAAUUGAUUGGCUUUUCACCUUUUAAAACAGCUGUUGCUGCACUGGAAAAUAUCAAUGCUAUAUCAGAAGGCAUCUUGACAGAAGACUUGCAGCAUUUUUUAGAUAUAACGAUACCUAAAGGUGGGAAGAAGAGCAAACCUACUGUCGGAGUUAGUGAUCCCAAAUUAGGAGCUGCAAUUGCAGAAUCGUUAGGAUUAACCUGCAUGCACAUCGGAGUUGUGCCAGAAAUAAUCAGGGGAAUCAGACAUCAUUUCCACAAGUUAGUCAAAGGAUUUAGUGCAAAAAAUUCAGCUGUUGCACAGCUUGGUUUAGGACAUUCAUAUUCCAGAGCCAAGGUUAAAUUUAAUGUUCAUCGUGUUGACAAUAUGAUUAUUCAGUCAAUAGCAUUAUUGGAUCAAUUAGAUAAAGACAUAAACACUUUCUCAAUGAGGAUAAGGGAAUGGUAUUCUUAUCAUUUUCCAGAGCUUGUAAAGGUUGUCCCUGAAAACUACACUUAUGCAAAACUUGUGUCAUUUAUUAAAAAUAGAAAAGAGCUUUCAGAAGAAUCACUUGAAAGUUUAGAAGAAAUUGUAAUGGAUUCAGCUAAAGCACAGGCAAUCUUAGAUGCUUCAAGAUCCAGCAUGGGCAUGGAUAUAAGCAUACUUGAUCUGAUGAAUAUUGAAAUGUUUGCCAAACGUGUUAUUAAUCUUGCUGAUUAUCGCAAAGAGUUGGCAGAAUAUUUGAAAACUAAAAUGAGUGAUGUUGCUCCAAAUCUAGCCACUUUAAUUGGAGAACAGGUUGGAGCUAGAUUAAUUGCCCAUGCUGGUUCUCUGACUAAUUUGGCAAAGUAUCCUGCAUCUACUGUCCAGAUAUUGGGAGCAGAAAAGGCUCUUUUUAGAGCACUAAAAACAAGAGGAAAUACUCCAAAGUAUGGUCUUCUUUUUAAUUCUACAUUUAUUGGAAGAGCUGGAUUGAAAAACAAAGGUAGAAUUUCACGUUAUCUCGCUAAUAAGUGUUCAAUUGCAUCUCGUAUUGAUUGUUUUACCGAUAUCCAAACGAACGUUUUUGGGGAGAAAUUACGCCAACAAGUCGAAGAUCGCCUAAAGUUUUACGAAACAGGGGAAAUACCGAAAAAAAAUAUCGAAGUCAUGAAGGAAGCAUUAGAAGAAAUGGAAAGAGUCCAAGAUGCUGCUUCAAAGGCUGAAAAAAAGAAAAAGAAGAAAAAAAAGCGAAAGGUUGAAAAUGGAGAAACUUUUGAUCAAAAUGGAACAAUUGAUGAAAAUGAAGUAACAGGUGAACCUCCUAAAAAGAAGAAAAAGAAGAAGAAACAAUUAGAAGAAGAAGCAGAUUAGUAUUUGUAAGUAUAUUAUAUGUCAUUGCAAUUUUUGCGAGCUAUUUUUUCUAUCAUUAGUUUUUAAUGUUUAAUUUAAUUGUACCUUAAAAUUAAUUUUCAAAAAAAUAUAUAAAAUUUUAGCGUUGUUUAGGAUUUUAAAUACAUUUUUAAUAAUUAGUGCUUGUUGAGGACAAAAAGAAUAUAGAAGUAGUUUCCUAAUUGUUUUUUUUUGUAACUAUUAAAUUCACUAUUUCCUUAAUAAAACAUUUUUAAAGGAAUAUUUCUUUAUUUGUUACUUUUUUAUAACUUACUUUAAAACAUAAGCACGGUUUGACAAGUUUAUCUUUAAGAUUACAAGAUUUACAACUGGAAUGUAUGAAAUUAUUUCAACUAUUAAAUGAAGCAUUUUUUUAGUUUA